CGGCACCAGCGGCGCUGAAUCACUUCGCACUCGACCGCGAAACGGCGCGCGCGCCUCUUGUUCUAAUUUAAAUUGCGCGUUAUCGUAAAUGUUUCUACGAGUUUGAUAAGAUCAUUACAUCACCGAACGAUAAGGCUCGCCAAGGAUCGAUUCGUCUUACCGUCAGACAUUUAAUCACCAACGUUCGAUAUGGAACGGCAGUAGUGAAACAGUGUUAAAACAAUAGUCCCUGUUGGUAAAGUGUGAAUUGUGUGUGAUAAUUUGUCGGAUGUCGCGGCACGCACCAUGGGGACGGCGAAGAGACUGAAGAUAACAGUGGUCGGGGACGGUAUGGUCGGCAAGACCUGCUUGCUCUACGUGUAUACCAAGAAUGAGUUUCCUGAGGAAUAUGUACCCACAGUGUUUGACAACUAUGUGGGGCACAUCACAGUGGAUGGACAAGAGGUGGAGAUGGCCCUCUGGGACACCGCCGGACAGGAGGACUACGAGCGGCUGAGGCCCCUCUCUUAUAAUAAUACAAAUUGCUUCCUGGUGUGCUACUCCGUGGGCACUCGCUCCUCCUACGAGAACGUCGUCCACAAAUGGUACCCUGAACUGAAACACUUCAGCUCCACAGUACCUAUUGUAUUAGUAGCAACAAAAAUAGAUUUGAGGGAAUCUGGAAAAGCAGUUAUAACAACACAAGAAGGAAAGAAAUUAAAAAAGAAAAUAAAGGCGGUGCAGCUAGUGGAGUGUUCAGCACUAGAACGCAUCAACAUGGACGAAGUAUUCGAAGAGGCAGUCCGCGCGGCGUUGAAGAAGAAACCCGUUACCAAACGCACCUGCCAGUACCUCUGAAUCCUCCAAUUUAAAUCAUCUCUCAUUUAUAUUUACAAAAGGAGUUUACAAAAGUGCUACAGAUAUUAGAUUUCACUGUACCAACCUUCGAUCAACAAUCUAUACAAACGUUUUGAGGUUUUCUAUGGUAACCUAAAUACCAACAACUGCAUGGUACGACUUUUAGAAAGUACCCACAACAUUGUAAAGCGUACUUUGUUUCUACGUAUUUUACUAACGUUUUAAUAAGUAUUUUAUUUAUUUUAUUCAUCGACAAGCGACUGCAGCCGUACAUUUUGUCAGUAUUUAAUAUUUUAAUGUUAGAUUCUUAUAUUGCUUCACUGAUGGAAUUGCACAAUUGUAAAUAAGACUAAUUUUAAACAAAAUAAUAAUUUUUAUAGAGGAUUAGGUACAUUUGUACGUGAUAAAAAUUUUACCGCAAAAUUGAUCGUGAUUCGUUAAUGAUAAGUUUCGUUACCAUAUUAGUAACCAAUACGAAGUUUGUAUUAAAUCUAGUAUUUUAUAAACUACAAACGUCAUUAUUGUUAUUUUUAAGUAAAUGCUAUGAAUGUUUAAA